AUGGGUAAUACUCCCUCAUCUCGUCCCUCCUCCUCAUCGCGUUAUCAGUUUGACCCUACGCUCGAUGCCAAAGGGCCAGAAGACACUGUGAAUGCUGGGAAAUCUGACACCAAAGCAGGUCCCGAUAAUACUCGUGUGCCUUUGGAUCCACCACCUCCGUACUACACUGAGGCGGUGUCUUCUACCUUAGGCUCUUCCUCAAGCUCUUCCGAUCAUCGCAACGAUGAAUAUCUUCGUGCCCCUAUGCGUGCUGAUACUGCAGAAAAUGCACUUCAGAUCCUCCGCAAGUACGAUACAGUGUUGAUAAUCGAUGAUUCUGGUUCUAUGCUAGGAUCCAAAUGGCGCCAGGCCGAGAAAUCAUUAGCUGCGCUGGCUGACAUGGCUGGAAAAUACGAUACUGAUGGUAUCGAUGUUGCAUUCUUGAACUCUACUAAGGUCGGGGAAGGUAUAAGAAGUGGAAAGGAAGUUCAAAGGCUGUUCCUCGACGUCAGGCCAUUUGGGCAUACGCCAAUCGGAGAACGGCUUGAGUCUCUCCUUCUGACAUACUUGGCUCGCAUCGAGGGUGCGCAGCGACAAGGCGUCUUGAACACAAUCAAACCAGUGAACUAUGUCAUCAUUACCGAUGGAGAGCCUACGGAUGAUCCGGAAUCAGUGAUUCUCAGCGCAGCCCAGAGAUUAGAUCGAGGAAACUUUCCUCUUACCCAAGUGGGGAUUCAGCUCCUUCAGAUAGGCAAAGAUGUCGCCGCUGCUGAAUAUCUGAAGCAGCUUGAUGACGAUCUGCACAAAACACACAACAUCCGUGAUAUCGUUGAUACGACACCAUUUCAAGCGACGAAAGGAGAGGUCACGGCUGACUUGAUCACCAAGAUACUCAUUGGUGGUAUCAAUAGGAGGGUAGACCGUAAGGGAGUAGCAGCUAGAGUCGUAUCCUAG